CGAAUCGUUAUUGCGGGACCCGCAAUAACUCCCGCAAUACGGGACCAAGAAUAGCACCCCUGAAUACGGGUGCAGUAUUUCUAGUCUUCUUGCCCCUACGGAACGCACCCCUGUGAAUUGGACUGCAGACCUUGGUGGCUUGCAGUGGCUUGGUAUUUUGGUAAUUCAAGUUUCAACCCAUUCAACCUGCAACGCAGUCGAUUAAAAAGUGAUUAAAACUCACAGAAAAUUGAUGAAUAAUUAACGAGUUUAAUUUUCAAAUAACAAAUACAAAAUAUAUCAACAUGAGCCGUCGUAAGCGUGCAAAGGUUGAGUAUCGAGAAAUGGAUGAUAAAUUUAAUCAGUUAGAAGAUGAAAAUGCAUCAGAUGCUUCAGAAAAAUCUAAAACGAGUUUAGCAACGCCCGAAAAAAAAAAUGUUACAGAACCCUCAAAAGGCACUGAUAUUCCAACAUUCACGUCACAAUCGGUAUCCAAAGGUGAAACAAAAGAAGAUGUUCAAGACAGUGACCACGAAGAUCCCCAUGUGAAAGAAUUGUUGAAUGGACUAGAAGGUGCAGCCUUUCAAAGUCGCUUGCCAUUCGACAAGUUAACAUCGACAGAAGCUGCUUGUUUUAUGGAUGUUUCAUCUGGUCCUCCACAAACACAAAAAGUUUUUCUUCACAUAAGAAAUCGUCUGCUUCAAUUGUGGCUUGAAAAUCCCAAGCAACAAUUGAUCAUUGAAAAUGCUUUACCAGCAAUUGAAACUCCAUAUAAUAGUGAUCCAGUCCUUACUCGAAGAAUCCAUGCAUAUUUAGAGCGUUAUGGAUUCAUAAAUUUUGGUGUUUUCAAAAGAUUAAAGCCUAUUCCAUCGAAAAAAGUAGGAAAAGUAAUCGUUAUUGGUGCUGGGAUUGCUGGACUGGCUGCUGCACAGCAGCUGCAACAAUUUGGAUUAGAAGUUGUAGUCUUAGAAGCUCGGGAUCGAGUUGGUGGAAGAAUAGCGACUUUUCGGAAGUCAUCUUACAUUGCUGACUUGGGAGCUAUGGUUGUCACUGGCUUAGGUGGUAAUCCAGUCACUACGUUGAGUAAACAGAUAAAUAUGGAAUUGCACAAAAUACGACAGAAAUGUCCAUUAUACGAAAGUGAUGGUCAGACGGUCCCCAAAGACAAAGAUGAAAUGGUAGAAAGAGAAUUCAACAGAUUACUUGAAGCUACAUCGUAUCUGUCUCAUCAGCUUGACUUUAAUUUCGUUGCUGAAUCUGGUAUGAAAAGUAAUACAGAACCUGUUUCGUUGGGACAAGCAUUAGAAUGGGUCAUCAAACUCCAAGAACAGGGGGUGAAGCAGCGACAAGUAGCUCAUUUACGAUCAGUUGUAUCUCUUCAAGUCAGACUUAUUAACAAUCAUCAUCGAAUGAUUGCUAUAAAGGAACGACUAAACGAGCGUACAAAACAAUACCAAGAAAUGGCUGAAAGUAAAUUACAAGCACGUGAUAUUACGCAAGAAUUUGUCCUGCGUUCAAAAUCAAGAGAUUUACAUAGUAUCUGUAAGGAAUGGGAUCAAUUAGCUGAGCAGCAGAAAGAAAUUGAAUCAAAACUUCAAGAAUUGGAAGCAUCUCCUCCUAGUGAUGUGUAUUUGUCAUCUAAAGAUCGCCAAAUACUAGAUUGGCACUUUGCAAAUUUAGAAUUUGCAAACGCAACAUCUCUAUCGAAUUUGAGCUUAAAACAUUGGGAUCAGGACGAUGAUUUCGAAUUUACUGGAAGUCAUCUAACUGUACGUAAUGGCUAUUCUUGCGUUCCUGUUGCACUUUCUGAAGGACUAGACAUUCGCUUGAAUACAGCCGUACAAGUCAUCAAAUACGGAGUCAACGGUGUAGAAAUAUGUGCUCGAUCAUCCCGGAAUCCUGGUGCAAAAUCUACUCUACUGGCUGAUGCAGUACUAGUAACUCUUCCAUUAGGAGUACUGAAAGAUAGUAUAAAGCACGUUGGUGUCGAAUUUAAACCAUCACUCCCGAUGUGGAAGAAACUCGCAAUUAAUAGUCUUGGAUUUGGUAACCUUAAUAAGGUCGUAUUGUGUUUUGAACGCAUUUUUUGGGAUCCAACAGCCAAUUUGUUUGGACAUGUGGGAACUACAACAGCUUCUCGGGGUGAACUAUUUUUGUUUUGGAACUUGUACAAAGCACCCGUCUUGUUGGCCCUCGUCGCUGGAGAAGCAGCUUGUGUAAUGGAGAAUGUUAGUGAUGAUGUAAUUGUCGGACGUUGUAUUGCUGUUUUAAAAGGAAUAUUCGGUAAUCAUGUUGUACCACAACCACGUGAAAGUAUUGUUACUAGAUGGCAAGCUGAUCCCUGGGCUAGAGGUUCUUAUAGCUAUGUUGCAGUUGGUAGUUCUGGAAAUGAUUAUGACUUACUUGCUGCACCUGUUGCACCGCCACUAGAACGAAAUUCUACAGCCACAUCAACACAAUCUCAACCUAGAGUAUUUUUUGCUGGAGAACAUACGAUUCGAAAUUAUCCAGCAACAGUACAUGGAGCAUUUUUAAGUGGAUUACGUGAAGGAGGCCGCAUUUCCGAUCAGUUUUGUGGUAGUCCUUAUGCGCCUCCAAGUUCUGGAGAUACGCCAACUAGUCCUCUUAAUGGACAAUCGACUGCAAGUACAACAUCGGACUCAGCACAUUAAAGUUAUUGUUCGCAAUUUAUGAGGAUAAAUAGAAAAAGAUUUAAUAAUAAGAUAAAUAAUAGUCAUUAUGCUGAUAAUUUAAUAAAAUUAAUUUGGUACUUAAUGAUAUUUCACUUUAUUAACUUUUAAGGAUUAUUGAAAUCUUUUUAUGAAAGAUAAAAAUCAUAUUUAAAUAUCUUAUACAUUACUGUAUUAUAGUAACAAAUAUUUAUAACUAUAAUGAAAAAAUUGUCAUUUUAUAUCCAUUUCAUUCCACAUUUUAGAAACGAUAAUUAAAAUCUGAAUCUUGAUAUAUCUUUCUUGCAGUAACUUUUUUCUAUACACUAAAAUAUCUAUAUACACAUUUGCAUUAAUCUGUAGGCUCUAGUACGUUCUAGACAAAAAUUAUUGCAACCAAUUACAUUUUGAAGUGUUCAUAAGACGGGCGGACUGCACAAGUCAUAGAUCGUUUUACGUAAACAUUAAAUUCACUCAAAUGCUUUUUUUAAAACUUGUAAAAUGAUUAAAAAAAUGAGUUAUAAAAUGGUACUAAUGUAUGAAACUUGAAAUUAUAUUUUUAUGAUAUUAAAAUAAAUUAGGAACAACGUCUGUCAUAUACCGUGAAAAUUAAUUUUAUUUUAUUAUUUUAUCUGAAUAAAAAUUGUUAAUGAUUUAAUUUGUUAAUUAAAUCUCAUUUUUAUUUAAAUGGAAUACUUUAUAAUGGAGUAUUUUAAAAGGUUAUAUAUGAUGAUAUAUGCUAAAUGGUUGAAUGUUAUUAUUAUGGUUUUUUCUUUUUCUCGAACAGCUCUUUUGUGAAACUAGCACUUUCGUGUUUUUGCUUUUUCUGAUAUUGAUGUAGGUAAAAUGCUUAUAGAUAUCUGCUUUAUUGACGUGCUUUAUCUCUCUUUAAUCAAUGCGAUUGAAAUGUGUCAGAGUGAGAUAAAGCACGUCAAUAAA